AAUACGGGUGCGGAUAUGUUUGCCGUUUGCGACUUUGCGAGCUGUUGCGAGCUGCGGUCAACUAUCGGUCUAUUGCACAUUCUCAGUUCCUCACUGUUCUGGAUAACCGCGGGAUAACUUUAAUUAAGUUUUAUUAUCUUUAUUACAUUGCAGUGCAUUUAUCACUGUACUAAUAAAUUUAUCCUCACGAACAUAACGUUAGUACAACCGAUUACAACCAACUGCAUGUUUUUUGUUGUGAACAAUGUCACGAAAAAAUUCUUCAGAACCACCGAUAAAAAAACAAAAAUUAACUAGUUUGUUCGAUGAACUUACUGAAAAAAGGAAAAAUGUUGCUGAUUCAAUAACAAAUUUCAAGUUUAAUAAGAAACGGGUAAAAAUUUUAUCACAGGCAACUGAAGUUGUCAAAGGAUCUAAAGGUAUUCUUUACUGGAUGUUUCGCGAUGGUCGUAUUCAAGAUAAUUGGGCUAUGUUAUUUGCCCAAAAGUUGGCUCUCAAAAACCGUAUACCUCUUCAUGUGUGUUAUUGCAUUUUGCCUAAAUUUCUUGAUGCAACAUUACGACAUUACAAGUUUCUUGUUGAGUCCCUCGAAGAAGUAUCAAUGGAUGCUAAGAAACUCAAUAUAAAUUUUCAUCUUCUUCACGGUGAACCGAAUACCGUCGUUCUUGAGUUUAUUCGUAAACAUAAUAUGGGAGCACUUAUUACUGAUUUUUUUCCACUUCGAGUACCGAUGGCUUGGGUAGAAAGUUUAAAGAUGGAUCUUCCUCAAGAUAUUCCAAUUUGUCAGGUUGAUGCUCACAAUAUCGUGCCUUGCUGGGUUACCUCAGAUCAAUUAGAAUACUCUGCAAGAACUAUCAGAAAUAAAAUUAACUCAAAACUACAAGAAUAUCUUACUGAGUAUCCACCUGUAAUAGAACAUCCCUACAAAAGCUCUUUUGAAGUCCCUGAAAUCGAUUGGCUGAAUUGUUUAAAUGAUGUAGAAAUCGAUCGAUCAGUUGAUAAAGUAGAAUGGUGUAAGCCUGGAUAUAGAGCUGCCUUAAUACAGCUCGAAAAAUUUAUUUAUGAAUGUUUGCCACAUUAUUGUGAGAAACGUAAUAAUCCUCAUCUUGAAAUGACAAGUGGUUUGUCUCCUUGGUUUCAUUUCGGAAUGAUUUCUGUUCAACGGGUUAUCCUUGAAGUUCAAAAAUACAAACAAAAAUAUCUUCGGUCUGUCAAUGACUUUAUGGAAGAAGCUAUAGUACGACGGGAACUUAGUGAUAAUUUUUGUUUACACAACAAAAAUUAUGACAAAAUUGAUGGAGCUCGUCAAUGGGCCAUUGAAACACUGAACACUCAUAAAAAGGAUAAAAGACAAUGGAUUUAUGAUUUAAAAGAAUUGGAAACUUCACAAACUCAUGAUGAUCUUUGGAAUGCAGCUCAAAAUCAAUUGACAGUAGAUGGAAAAAUCCAUGGUUUUAUGAGAAUGUAUUGGGCAAAAAAAAUUUUAGAAUGGACUAAAUUACCUGAAGAUGCUUUAGCUUGGUCAAUUUAUCUCAAUGAUAAAUACAGCAUGGACGGACGUGAUCCCAAUGGAUAUGUUGGCUGUAUGUGGUCUAUCUGCGGAAUUCAUGACCAAGGUUGGAAAGAAAGAGAAAUUUUUGGAAAAAUUCGAUACAUGAAUUAUAAAGGAUGUGAACGAAAGUUCGAUGUUAAAGCAUAUGUUCAGAAACACAAUGGUAAAGUUAUUAACAUAAAAGCUUUGAGCCAAAAAAAAACAACUAAGAAAACGAAGUGAUGCUAUAAUUGUUCUGUAUUUACCGUAUGUAUUAUUUUGAACUGUUUUUGUUUUUAUUGAAUAUUUAAUAAAUUUAUCAAUAAUUUCAAAAAGAUUCAAUUAUUUGGUACUCAAUUGAUUCAGUAUUUUGUAAAACAAGUUGAGGCUAAAUUUAUAUUGAUGAAUAAAUAUCAAAAUUUUCCCAUAAGUUGGUUUCUGUUCAUUUGCCUAGUUAUAGUUAUAUAGGGUAACUAAAUGAUUCAAAAAUGCUCUAGACGAAACACGGGCCAAGAUCCGUAGAUAGAAGGUCUUUCCAUAAAGAACAAAU